AUGUCAGCAAAGGCCUCUAACAUGUCAUACAGAUAUCCAGACAAUUCUCAAAUACCAUACUACAGCAGUUCAAUGCAUGUGGGGGGAAAUGGUACUUGCUAUGUGCAACAAAAUCAUGAGGGUCAUCACUACAUGUCCUCUGAUGAUGGCUCACAGAACAGCGAUUCAAAGUCUCAGGUGAUUCACCCACAGUACAGCACUCUAGAGUCUUCAUCAGCCAAUUGUGUUUAUGCUGUCAAUAGCUCUACAUCUCCUCAGUGCAUAAGUGGGAGCCACAUUUCUCUGCAUGAUAGCCACUCAGAUCACACAUAUGAUUCUCCUGCAAGUGGCAUCACCGAGGUUCCAGGUUUGGGGUUUACAACACUUCAGGAGCUAGCAGAUGCACUGUUUGGAUCUGAUUCAGAUGCAGUUUGUUCUGACAGAUCCUCCCUAGUAAUUGGCGCCGCAAUGCACCAAAGUAACUGGAGAGAGCUUCUGGGAAUUAGCUCUGGGGACUUGAAGCAGGUAAUUGUAGCAUGUGGUAAGGCUGUUGAUGAGAAUAAUUGUCACGAGGAAUUGCUGAUAUCAGAGUUACAGAAGAUGGUUUCUGUGUCUGGAGAACCAAUGCAACGUCUGGGAGCCUAUAUGUUGGAAGGCCUUGUUGCGAGGCGUUAUUCCACUGGACACGCGUUGUAUAAAUCUCUGAAGUGUAAGGAACCUCAACCUACGAAUUCAGAGCUCAUGUCCUACAUGCAUCUUCUCUAUGAUAUCUGUCCAUUCUUCAAAUUUGGUUACAUGUCUGCCAAUGGUGCUAUAGCUGAGGCUGUUAAGGGUGAGAACUUUAUUCACAUUAUCGAUUUCCAAAUCGCUCAAGGGAGCCAGUGGGUAACUAUGAUACAGGCCCUUGCUGCGAGGGCUAGCGGACCACCAUGCUUAAGAAUUACUGGUAUAGAUGACUCAGAUUCGGCUUAUGCCCGAGGUGGUGGACUGGAUAUAGUUGGGCGUAAGUUAUACAGCGUUGCCCAGUCAUGUCGUCUGCCCUUUGAGUUCAAUGCUGUACAUGCAGCUAGUCAUGAGGUUACACUUGAACAUCUUGAUAUAAGAAAGGGAGAGGCUAUUGCUGUCAACUUUGCGUAUCAGCUGCAUCAUACUCCUGAUGAAAGUGUCUGCAUAGAAAACCACCGGGAUAGGAUAUUGAGAAUGGUUAAGAGCCUUUCUCCUAGCGUGGUAACUCUUGUAGAGCAGGAGGCUAACACAAACACUGCCCCAUUCUUCAGUAGAUACAUGGAGACCCUUGACUACUACACUGCCAUGUUUGAGGCAAUAGAUGUUGCUUGCUCCAGGGAUGACAAGAAGAGGAUGAGCACUGAGCAGCACUGUGUUGCAAGAGAUAUUGUCAAUUUAAUUGCAUGUGAAGGUGCAGAAAGAGUGGAGAGGCACGAACCUUUUGGAAAGUGGCGGUCUAGACUUGCAAUGGCUGGCUUUAGACCAUACCCCCUAAGUGCAUUGGUGAACAAUACUAUCAGAACACUGUUAAAUAAUUACAACAGUUACUACAAGCUAGAGGAGAAAGAUGGUGUCAUUUAUCUCGGAUGGAAGAACAGAAAGCUGGUUGUAUCUUCUGCAUGGUGGUGA